UUAGUACCGUAUGCCAACAUAACCUCUUAAUAAAUGCGCAAUGUAGUGUGCGAUUAAGCACCAGUGAUAAAAUCGUAGAUAUUCUCCAAAAAAUACGUGUAACCAUUAUUUAAAAAAUGCAGACUGUGAAGAAUAUAUCAAGACCCUUAUUCAGAGGACAUACCUAUCUCUCAAAACCAAUACGUUGGUCACGGAAUUUGUCCAUUAAAGUUGUAGAUGAAGGAGAACAGGAGAUGAAGUCAACAAAGCCAGAAAUUAAAUUGAGUGGAUUUGCAAAAGCAUUCGAAAAAUUUACCGCUCCCGAACCUGAAAAAGAACUCAAGCACAACCAGAGUUUUACUAGUUUAUUGAGGAAUUCUAAAUUUAUAGAUAUGGGUGAUCCAGAGGGAAAAAUUGUGACAGGAAAAAUAUUUCAAGUAGUGGCUGACGAUUUGUAUAUCGACUUCGGUUGGAAGUUUCAUUGCGUAUGCCCCAGACCUUUCAAAAAUGCUCAAGAAUACGUGAGAGGUGCAUCUGUACGGUUACGGGUAAAAGAUCUAGAAUUGUCAGCUAAAUUUCUAGGUGCUCAGAAGGAACUCACUAUAUUAGAAGCCGAUUGUACAUUACUCGGAUUAAUCAAUAGCCCAGCGAGGCAAACAAGACAAUAGGAUGAUUCUGUGUCUCAUACUUAUUACUAAUAAAACAUUUCACACAACCAAA